AUGGAACUACCUUUUGACCGACUUUUAAAGGUCUGCGCCAAUGAUUUGAUUGACGAGACACUUUGGAGUGAACUGGACCAGUUUCAGCACAAUGGUGAGAAGGUGCAGGUGUCCUUCAAGCAGGUCCUGGACCUCUACAUGCUACGCUUCAAGAGCCAAUCGGAGGCGCUCACCGAAGGCUUGAACCUCUCCUCAGUGCCACGGCCGGAAGUCUUCUGUAACGAUGCAGUGCUGCGGAAGCACGGGCUCUGUGACCCGGGCUGUGUGUACCAUUUGGAGCACUUGUUGGCACCUGGAGAUGUCAUCGUGCAACGCACCAAUCGAAGAGAGUUCCACCAGUAUCGACACAAGGUGGUGUCGCAAGCUGCGCUGCUCACAGGCGACUCGCCCGUGGACAGCCAGUCCGUGGAGGUGAGGGACCAGUUUUGCACGCGCGCGCGCGGACCCGUGCAGCGAGCAGAUGAGAGGGUUUUGGAAACAGAUGAGCCAGCUCAAGAGGUGAUGACCCGCCAUCGGACGCUCACCUGGCGAGACUACCCGCAGCCGAAGAUGGCCACCAUGGCGGGCAUCCCGUGGAACCCGGUGAGUGGUACCUUUGUGACCCAGGUGGGCAGCGAGAUCGCCUGGGUGGUCGUCAUGGCCCCGGACGAGGCGGAGGUGACGAACGUCAUCGUCGGGCUGUUCAUCAGCAGUUCGACCUUCCCCUCCUGGGCCAGCAACUUGAUGACCCAGAUGGUCUAUGCGAUGCAUGAACUGUUCCAGGCGCGGAUGAUGGAGACGAAGUGCAUCAGCUGCUCCGAAGCUCUUCUCAGGGAGGAUCAAAACCUCUACGUGGUCUUGUCGCUCCGAACCUGUCCUCAGGGCCGUCCCCUGGUGCCCUGUGCAACUUCCACCCCGGACAGCUCGGUGAUAACCGUGAAAGGCACGGGAAGUGUGGGUCGAGCAGCAGAGCUGACGACGUGGAUGCGGCCAAGCGGCACCUUCAGCUUUCCCAGCUAUUUAAUCGAUCUGCUGCUGGCCAUCGGCUGCGACGAUGUGCGCGUCUUCGACUGUUUGGAUGGUCGGCAACUGGUGCCCUACCAGGCUGUGGCCACCUGGCGGGCCGAAGGGUUCAUCGCUCGGGGUGUCGGGGACGUGUGGAGCACCCAUCGGGUGGCCUACAAGCGGCUGAACGGCUGCAAGCAUGCCCCGACCAUUGUCGACGGCCGGCAGCCACGGGAAGGCGGGAGAAGACGAGUCUACCCAGGUUCCGCUGGGACUAAGUUUCCCUAA